AUGCCAUCAUGUCUAGUCGCUCGCCAUCACAUCCUCCGCACAAUCCUUUCCCCAAAGGAUCUCACCUCAACCUCUGAGUUCUCUAUUGCGCAUGACGCAUGGCGUACCAAAAAGUCAUCCAGGUCAUUUCGGCGGCGUAACGCUAGCAGCUACACUCGAGCGUACAGCAGCAGCACUACUAGUACAGAAGCCUCCAAUGGUUCUCCCAAGAAGGAGGCGUCUUCAAGUAAUCACAAAUCCGAGGUUUCAGCUCUGUUACACAGAAUAUCAGCCUUUUUACCUCGUGCACUCUCGGGAACUACGAAUGAUGGCGGAAUACAGUCGGCUCAACUCUGGAGCGAACUUUUGAGCGAGAUUGAUGAGGAUUUGUCAAUAUCGCGGUCUUCCACUGUCAGAAGCGCGCGUCGUCGUGGGACCGGCUCCCAUGAGCUUAUCACAGCUCUCCUCGAAAACCCGUUUACGACUGACGAGGCUUAUAGCGAUAUCCUUCGCAACCGGUGGAAAAACCAGUCUGCAUUCCUCACAAUCGAGUGCAUACUCAAAAAGCAUUCAGUCACUGGCCCCUCAACCUCCCUCGUCAAUGACGCCCUCACAAUUCCCUCAUCCUGGCUCCAACAAUACCCCUUCCCUAUCCAACUCACCGAAAUCCCCUCACUCGCUUCCCACCCCUCCCUCCCAAAAACGCUCCUCAAAGCAGACGUUCUGAUCCUCCUCUGCAAUCCACUAACAACACCCCUACCCACGCUCAUCUCCAAAGCCCAUUUCGUCCUUCAAAGACCGAGAACGAUACUUUUGCUCACUGGUUCUGGUUCUGGCUCAGAACAUGUACUGGAACACGUCACCAAGGAACUCGGGGCUGCAGGCUGCGCCCCUGGAAAGGUGAUUGCAGUGGAUCCUAUUCGUGCGUUGGAAGCUGUUUCGGCUUUUAAGAAGGACCCUUCGUGUCCUGCUGCGAUUCAGAAGUAUCAGGAUGAUUUUACGGGGUCGAGGGUGUCGCUUCUUGGUGAGGUGUUGGCGGGGAUGCUUGGGUUCAAGGAGUCGGGACGCGCAUCAACAACAUCAACAUCGCCAUCAUCGUUGUUGUCGGAUAUCUGCACGCGUAGCGCCUUGAUGCAAAUGCACGGCGCUCUUCACGCCAGCGCCCAAUCAGUAUCCCAAGCACGCAUAGCCAUAGACCGGGUAUUCACAAGCGCUAGCGAGCUACAAUCGCAAGUCGAACAAGUCCGUGCGAGGGCAGACAAGGAGGUGCUUUUGGAGUCUGGUAUAGACGAAGCUUUACUCCGCGGUUCGAAAGAGAUGAAAGCUUUGCUAGAGUCGUUGACUUGGCUGAAGAUGAUGUGGCGUGUGGAUGAGAUAGAUGUUUUGGUGGGGUCUGCGUUGGAGAGAUAUUGGUGUCGGGAACUUGAAAACCAGCUGAUCCUUCAAACGGGUCAUCUAGCAUCUACCCAAGCAUCCCUAACAUCAUCCACAUUCUCCCAACUCACCAAACUCGCCUCUCCCUCCCAAUCCCCACACUGCAUCCCCACAUUCAACUCCCCAAUUCUCUCCAACAACCUCCACCAACUCACCCACUCCCCAACAUACACACUCACCCCAUCCACCCUCACCUACCCCAUCCAAGCACGCCGUUCCCAACUAACAAAACACACCACCACGCGUCUCCACCGUGAGGCCCAAAAUGCCGUCCUAGGUGCCUUUGGUGGUUUUUUCGGGGGUGCUGGAUUAGGGUGGUGGCUUGCCUUUGGGGAAAGCGUUUUGAGCGUUGGCGUUGGAGCGGGGUCGGAAGCUGGGACUGCGGUGGGUGCUGGUGCGUUUGUUGCUGUUGCUGGUGUUAGGUGGGCGGUGGGGAAGUGGGAGAAGGCGAAGAGGAGGUGGCUGGAGGAUGUUGAGAGGGUCGGGGAGGGGUUGAAGAGGGAUUUGAAGGUGACGCUGCAACAGGGCAUCGAGAAGAAUGUCGCGGUUGUUCCUAUAGCUGCGUAUCAGGGGCUCCGGAAGCUUGCUGGGAAACAGCAAGAAGAGAUGGAAGUCGUUAGGAGCGAUCUUAUGUCGAUGCAAGCGGAUGUUGAAGCGCUUGAAACUGGUCGAGCUUCAUAGUGCAUCACAUCUGUCCUGGAUGAUUUAGAUGCAAAUAGAUGCAAGACAUGCUACGCUAAAUGAUGGUGUACAUGUACCAUAAAAAUUCCGUUGCGUUCAU